AUGCUUUGUCUUUUCAUCAUUUUGAUUUUGGAGUUGCAGCUAGCAUUUGCCGGCGAUGAUGGCUACGCUCCAACUAAAAGCGCUUGUCCCGGAGGCAAGUUGACCCGUGCUGCCCUGGAGGGGCUCAAUCCAGAAGAAAACGCAUACAUCCAGCAGAGAAAUGCUGUUGCAAAACAGAACCUAGCAUCGUAUCUUAAAGGUGCCAACUUGCGAGACUUUGACGUUGAUUCAUUCUUGCGUUCGGCAAACCCCAGCAUCGGUCUUUCGUUCUCUGGCGGUGGGUACAGAGCUCAGUUGACUGGAGCUGGAGCAUACGCGGCUUUGGAUUCAAGGACCGCAGUUGGCAAGGGAAAGGGACUUGGCGGAAUUUUGCAAUCGGCGCAGUAUAUCUCCGGACUAAGUGGUGGUUCUUGGCUCGUGGGUUCACUAGCCAGUAACAACAUGAUCUCCAUUGACGAAUUGUUGCAGCAAAAUACGCUAUGGCAGACAGAGCACUCCAUACUUGACUUCUACGGAGGUAUCCAUUUCAUCAAGAACACGGAGAUGUGGAUAGACAUUGACGAACAAGUGCAUGGAAAGAAAGACGCUGGAUUCGACGUUAGUAUCACUGAUGUGUGGGGACGAGCCUUGAGCUAUCAGUUGCUAGCAAACUCAAACAACAAGGGAGCCGGAACCAAGUUUCUGGAUGUCAUGAAGCAAGACCAGUUUCAAAACCACAAAGCGCCUUUCCCUAUCUUGGUGGCUGACGGUAGAGCACCAGAUACCGACAUUAUCAACUUCAACAGCACUGUUUUGUCUAUUACCCCGUUUGAGUUGGGCAGCGAGGAUCCUACUUUGCAGACAUUUGUCCAGUUGAAAUAUUUGGGAACGGAAUUAGAUGAUGGAACCCCCUCUGAUCCAAACUCAUGCGUCACCGGGUUUGACAAUGCGGGUUUUUUAAUGGGCACAAGCUCCUCCUUGUUCAACAACAUUGUGUUGUCCAUUGAUAAAUCCAGCUUACCUCUGUUUUUGAAAAACUUUAUCAAUAACGUGCUUGUGACCCCGUUUGAAAAAUUAAAUGUUGACGUUGCCAAAUACGACCCAAAUCCAUUUUACAAGAGCUCCAGUCAAGAUUCGACAAUUGCCAAGUCGAAAACACUAUAUCUUGUCGAUGGUGGUGAAGAUGGAGAAAAUGUCCCCUUGUUGCCCUUAGUGCAUCGGAAAGUCAAUACUCUUUUUGCCUUUGACAAUUCCAACAAUGAUUUGACAUGGCCAUCGGGGAAAAGUUUGAUCAAAACCUAUGAACGGCAAUUCACUCCUCAGGGUGCAAACUUUGCGUUUCCCUAUGUUCCCGAUGAAGCGACUUUUUUAAACUUGAACCUUACCGCCAGGCCAACUUUCUUUGGCUGCGACGCGAAGAACCUCUCGUCCUUAACGAGCAACAUUUACGACGUCCCACUUGUCGUUUACGUCGCCAACAGGCCUUUUUCCUACUGGUCCAAUACCUCAACUUUCAAGUUGGAGUAUAGUCAAUCCGAACGUCAAGCAAUGAUCACCAAUGGGUUUGAGUUGGCAACAAGAUUGAACGGAACGGUCGAUCCAGAGUGGCCAGCUUGUGUAGGGUGCGCGAUAAUCCGGAGAGAACAGGAAAGGUUGGGGCACGCGCAAAAUGAUCAAUGCAAGAAAUGCUUUGAGCGCUAUUGCUGGAACGGCAAAGUUUACCGUGGUCCUUCCAUAGGUGACAAUUUCGAUGAAAAUGGACGUACUGUGGAUGCAAAUGUUUAUAAUUCCAGGAAUGUGCCGGGCAUAAACGAUGGCGGUCCGCUGGUUAAAAGGAGAAAAAUUUGA